CUGGAGUUUAGCUCUCUUGGAUUUCUUCCAUCCCCGCGGUUUCCACGGCCCUAGCCAUUGCCAUAUAUAUGUAAUCUGUCAGUAUAAAUAUACUAUAUAUACAUGCCGUGCAUACAUAUAUAUCCCUGCCGGUUCUAGAUCACCACCUUGCUGCCGCUGCUGCUCUGAGGAGAUCCCCGUACACGCUCAACAAGUCCCAAUGCUCCAGUAUUUGUACAGUUGCCUGAAUCAGAGCUCCCAGCACUCACUUUAGAUCUUCGCCUUUUAUCCCAUUUGAACCCUUCUUGUCCUUCUGGCUCUGCCUGAAUACUCGACCCUCUUCAGACAUAUCUCCCCGUUCCUCGCUCGCCCUACUUCGGAAGAAGAUCCCAUACCAGCACCGUUGGAGCAAUUCAGUUUCAGUUCACCCAUAGCGGGGGAAAGGAGAAAGGACACGCUAGGAAGAAAAGCAGGCAAAGAACCGGGACAGGUCAACAAUAGAGAGUUCAAGCGAAGCAGUAUUGCUCUUCCGUCUCCUCGUCGGAUCGUUUCCUGAAACACCCAGCAUCAUACCAUAUUCCACCUCCAGAAUGGAGGCAGCUGAGCCAGUCUCCUACGGAUUCCCAGGCCAAGGAAUGGGGGCUGUCGAAUCUCGUCGUCUAAUGCACUUAGAUUUUACCCAUAGCCUUCCCUUUUACGCCAACCCCACAGCUUCCUUUUCGUUGCCCUUUCACUCAUCAUCACAGACGUCUUCAGGCAACUACAGCUUCGGUCAUAUCCUCAAUGGCCACCCCAGUCCAUUCCAACAGCUCUUUAUUACCAAUCAUCAACACUCCAACUCCCAGCCGUUGCAGCAGCGGCUUUCGUCAGAUCCGUCUUCACUGCACCCUUUGCCCGAGAUUCGACCAGCCAAGAAUGCUCUCUGUCGGGUGCUGAAGGAUCAGUCGCAGAAGGCCGAUCACGGCCCAGGAAUACAGUCAUCGACUCCUCACCCCCCUGGCGAUUGGGGUGUCCACAAGGAAAACCAGAGUUCCACUGAGGCCGAAUUCUUCACGGAAGUCGACAUCCUGAUGAAAGCAAUCCAGUCCAAGGUCGGCUCGCGGCCUACAGAGUCGCAUUCUCUACCCCCUCUGCAGCAAGUAGCGCAUAACAAUGUACACGGCUUCUCGUCUGCUUAUUCGACGCCUCUAUCAGCAGAUUUUUGUACCCUGUCAUUUGAAGGACAAACCACUGCUUCCGGAAAGAAGCGCAAGUACACAUGCACUCUUCCCCAUUGCGCCAAGAGCUUUGCUCAAAAGACCCAUCUCGAUAUUCACAUGCGAGCCCACACGGGAGACAAGCCAUUCGUUUGUAAGGAGCCCUCUUGCGGCCAACGCUUUUCCCAGCUAGGCAACUUGAAGACUCACCAACGGCGCCAUACCGGGGAGAAACCUUACUCAUGCGACAUCUGCCACAAGAGAUUUGCUCAACGGGGCAAUGUUCGUGCGCAUAAAAUCACACAUCAACAGGCUAAGCCGUUUACUUGUCUUUUGGACGAUUGUGGGAAGCACUUCACCCAGCUCGGGAACCUCAAGUCCCAUCAGAACAAAUUCCACGCUGCAACAUUGCGACAUCUGACAAUUAAGUUCUCUUCCUUGUCCGAGGCAGAAUUGAUGAGUCACCAAGAUCGAGAGCUCUGGGAGUACUUCGCUGCAUUAUAUAAGAACAGCAACAAAGGAAUUAAGGGCCGGGGAAAGGACCGUAAGAUCUCCACCACAACGAAGUCUGGUUCUUCCAGCCCCGAGGCACCUAACCCGCCGGAUGUGGAUGAAUACGCCAAGCAGUCUCAGCGGAUCUAUGAGGACUCAUCGUACACUGGUGGUUCCAGCAGUGACGAGGAGGAUGCGGAAAAUUAUUAUGUCGACAGCCGGCAUCAAUGAUGCCUCUAUCUCAUCCAAGAUUCCAGACCAGAGGGGGAAGUGAAAUUCCCUUUGACAUCUCGCGAAUUUACUGUGCCACAGCACCACCAUGACAACGUAGGUCCAGCGAAAUCUUCAGAAAUCUCAAUCGUCUGCCUUGUGCGAUGAUGGUGUGGUUUGUUUGGUUUGCCAGCAAACUUCAUCUUCCGGAUCUCUUCAGAUUAUAUUUAGUGACGAG